UCCGUCUCCUCUGAAAACGGUUUCCGGCUCCUCACAGAGUAGUAGCUCCUCUGAAAGCUCGGUCAGGGUGACCAACCAAGAACACACACACACAUGUCCAUGGAGCUCAAGUCCUCCUCCUCCACCUCCACCUCAACAACAAGAGGAGCAAGCAAGCAAGCGACCACCACUUGUCUCUGUUUUCUUCACCCACCAAGACCAGUAAACACAGAGCAACCACCAAGCCUGUUUCCUGGAGCGUCUACUCUUUCACGAGACGGUUUCACCACACUUGUCUGAACGUGAAAGAGACCCUCCGAGUUCGUCAGACCGUCCUCCUUUCCCCAUGGCCACCACCCUCGCCAUGAGCAGCAGCAGCAGCAACGGGCACGGACGCCGCCACGAGGCCUCCACCACCUCGUCUUCGUCGUCGUCCUCCACGGCCUCGGCUCAGAAACGAAGGGGGGAGUCGCAGCAGCAGGCCGCCGUCGUCCCGGCGACGCCGGGUCCGGCGCUGCAGUUCCUCGCGAGCCCCGCGCACCACCACAACCACCCCCAGACCCAGCUCGUCGCCCCGAGGAGGUCGGUGCCGUCCAAGUGGGAGGACGCGGAGAAGUGGCUGCGGCAGUCGUCGUCGUCCUCGGGUUCCGACCACCACCUCCACGGCAACGCGAGGGCCGCCUUCUCCAGGCAGCGGAGCGGCGGGCUCGGACACCGAGGCGGCGCCGGAGGCGGGGGUGGGGACGAGAAGAGCGCGGCGGUGGCGGUGAGGAGGUCGGUGGACGCGCUCCGGGACGCCCACUCGCUCGCGCUGUACGCGGCGCCGGCAGCGGAGACAUCUUAUUGGCGUUCCAUCCAACUCGACGCUGAGCUUUGCAAGACAUGGCUGGUUGCAGACAAGUUCACCGACAAUGAGGAGCCGUCCAAGGAGAGCUUCGUGUUCCGGAGCUCGUGCUGCGAGGCUGCUGAACCGGCGAAGGGCGCCGACGACGACGACGACGGUCGCUGCCAGCGGAGGAGGGACGUCGGCACGGAGACGACGCCGCUGGGCAGCUCGUGUCACACGCCGCUCAAGAGCGCGUCCCCGGCGCGGCACAACACGCCGGCGAGCCGGUCGUCGGGCCCGCUGGUGCCGUACGCCGGCGGCGGCGGCGGGACGGACAUCUCGGAGCUGGCGGGAUUCCGCCUCGCCAAGCUGGACCUGGGCGCGCGGUUCGGCGCCCACGCCACGCUCGUCGGCUGGAGCUCCAAGGAGGAGGAAGAGGACGACGAGGACGUGUCCAAGAGCCUCAGGCACUUCGAGGCCACCGUCGGCGGGAUAGCCUGCGAUAGACGCGGCGGCGACUGCCGUUGGGAUGACGACGACAGGGCCAAGAGCUGUAUCAGGUAUCAGAGGGAAGAGGCGAAGAUCCAGGCCUGGGUUAACCUGGAGAGCGCCAAGGCUGAAGCGCAGUCAAGAAAGCUGGAGGUAAAAUUAAACCAGGUGAAGAUCCAGAAGAUGCGGUGCAACCUAGAGGAGAAGCUGAUGCGGCGGAUGACGACGGUGCAGCGGCGCGCGGGGGAGUGGCGCGCCACGGCGCGGGCGCAGCACCUCCAGCAGCUGCGGCGCGCGGCCGCCCACGGCGACGGCGACGGACGGCGGCUCAGGGCCACGGCCACGUCCACGGCCCACCACCACCGCCACCUGCCGGGCAGCAGCGAGGCGCCCUCCUGCGCCUGCUUCCCCUGCAGCACCAGCACCAGCGGCGGCGGUAACAACGUCGUCAGCGGCGGCCUCCUCAGCUACUACUAGCUAGCUUGCUUGCUGGUGUCGUUGUUGUUGUUUUCUUUGAGGUCUGCGAACGGAGAGAUUGGUCGGCACGGCAGUGCAGCUGUGCCGCGCACUUGAGAAUCAGUGUUCUAACCCAAGCUCCAGACCUGAUCUAACUAUUAUGCAAUUCGUAUUUAAAAAAAGAGAGUCAUGGAUCAUCAUCUAA